AUGGCAGCUACUACUAGUGCUACUACUCAAAUAGAGGAGCACGUGUCCUUGAAGCUUGUGUUGAAUGAAAAGGGUAACAAAGUCUUGUUUGCUGAAGCAGGAAAGGACUUUGUAGAUAUUCUUUGCGGCUUAUUAACUAUGCCUUUAGGAACUAUUGCUAGACUUAUAGCGAAAGAAUCUAGCAUAGGGCCAGUCACUCUUGGCUGUUUUAACUCACUCUAUCAAAGUGUGGCUGAUCUCAAUGAGAGUUGUUUCUUUAUGUUGGAACUGCAACAUGUAUCGUGA